AGCCAUUUUGCAAUUUUCACUCACUCGCAUCUGAAGCGUGGCGGUUCUUUGUUGGAUUUCGAAAUUCGAUUCGUAUUCCUCUCUCUCUCUCUCUCUCUCUCUCUCUCUGUCUGUUCAUCAUCACUUUCCAACGGCUAUCGACUUUUGAAUUGGUGUAAGGUUGAAUGCGAUGGGGGAGAAAGUGAAUGCAAUGAAGGGAGGGAUGAAAGAUGGAGGAAGAAGCGUCGUUGAUUUGGAUUGUUCUAUUGUUCUUGUACCGGAUAAGGAAAAAGAUGAGGGUACCCCUGUGAGAGCCAUAUUUUGUCUUAAAAACAACAUUAAUAUGAGAGAGAUUGAAGAGAGAGAAGACUGCUUUAUUCUCGAUUUCGAUCCCGAUGAUUGUUUUGACCUCUCCAAGCUCUCCAUGUCUAAGGAUCUUUAUCAUAACCCUGAUCUCUCUGUUCUUGCCGAAAAAGGCCAGGUGGCAUGUAGAGAUUAUCCACAUUCAAGGCAUCUCUGCUUCAAGAAUCCCUUUGAGAAGACUCCCCACGAAAGCUACUGUGAACUCUGCUACUGUUUUGUUUGUGACAAAGCUGCCCCUUGCAAAUAUUGGUCUGAACAUGGACAUUGCCAUGCCAUUGACAACGAAGCAUGGAGGUUUGCAAGGAAGGCAACGAGACAACAGAACCGAUGAAAUUAAUGUUUUUUGUUUUCAUGAUCUCAUUGUUUUUGAUGUUUUGGCCAAUGUUUUAGCUAAGAAAAGAAGUAUAUGUAUAAGUCCUGCCUUCCUUGAAAUUUUGAAAUUUUUUGGCACUCACUUGCAGCUAUUUAUGUAGCUAAUUAGCUUGAAACUCCAAUGUGUGCUAAACUUGGGAGAUAAAAAUAUAUCUAGCUUUGGUUAAAGGGUUAAAUUA